GUCCACGCAACCGGAGAAGCAUUUCCCCAGCGCUCUUGGAAAUUCCAGAGGUUCUGUGAUUAUUGAUUGGAAGGAAACACACAUCUCACCAGUGAACAACUGGUUGCAGUGCAGGGGGACACCACUGACCGCACUUUUUACGAAUACUGCACGAAUCGGAGCGCAUUUGGCACUGACCCACGGCACCAAGUGGAUCUCUCUAACAAACGUUUCGACAUACCAGACGUUUUAUUUGAAAUUGCAACUGUUCCACGCUCUACUCUUUCAAUUUGGUUGGAUCGCAUAUUGACACGAUGUCUCAGUCUAAGGUGGAGUUCCCGUCGUUAGACUGCUGGGACACGAACCAGCUCUGCACCAACAGGUGACUGCCAGCGCUUUCACUCCAAAACUUUGAAUAUGCCAGCAGACCACAAUGGACAGGAUCUACAACAGCACAGAGCACAGCUUAUAUCUGACCAGCAGCUGGCCGGGGGUGAGCGUAUACCGCGAGACCGCGACCAUGCGCGGAGACCAGUGGCCCGAGCACAUCAACGAGUCCUCCCUCUACGCCAUCUCUAACCUGACGGACGGGAACGGGAGCCUGGGCCGGCCGGUGCAGUACGACCCCCUGGGAGGCCACACCGUCUGGCAGGUGGUCCUGAUCAGCUUCUUCUCCUGCCUCCUGUCGCUGGUGACCAUCGUGGGAAACAUCCUGGUGCUGGUGGCCUUCAAGGUCAACAAGCAGCUUAAGACUGUCAAUAACUACUUUCUGCUCAGCCUGGCGUUUGCCGACCUCAUCAUCGGGGUCAUCUCCAUGAACCUCUACACGGCUUACAUCAUCAUGGACCAGUGGGCCAUGGGAGCCUGGGCGUGCGACCUGUGGCUCGCCAUCGACUACGUGGCCAGCAAUGCGUCCGUCAUGAACCUGCUGGUCAUCAGCUUUGACCGCUACUUCUCCAUCACGCGACCGCUCACCUACCGGGCCAAGCGGACCACCAAGCGGGCCGGGGUCAUGAUAGGCCUGGCCUGGUCGGUGUCGUUUGUGCUGUGGGCCCCCGCCAUCCUCUUCUGGCAGUACUUUGUGGGGGAGCGGAAGGUGCCGCCCGAUAAGUGCUACAUUCAGUUCCUGACGGAGCCCACCAUCACCUUCUGCACGGCCAUCGCGGCCUUCUACCUGCCGGUGAGCAUCAUGAGCGUGCUGUACUGGCGCAUCUACAAGGAGACGCAGAACCGGGCGCGGGAGCUGGCGGGGCUGCAGGCCUCGGGCAGCGAGGGCGGGGAGGGGGGCAGCUCGCGCAGCUGCGGGAGCUGCGACCGGGGCGAGGGGCCGCGUUUCGGGAGCUCGGUGAGGAGGGCGGGCGCCGCCGUGGGCCGCUUCCCGUUCUGGCUGGCGGAGCGGGCCCGGCGGCCCGGCGGGGACGAGGUGGACCGCACCAGCUGCGACAGCUGGAACAACAACGACGCCGCCGCCUGCAUGGACCAGUCGGCCUCCUCUGACGAGGAGGAGAUCCCCGAGACGCGCGCCAUCUUCUCCAUCGUCCUCAACCUGCCCGGCAUCCGCCCGCCCGGCAUGCCUAUGGCCGUGCCCGUCGGGGUGCCCAUGGGCUCCCGCAUCGACGAGAUGGACGCGUCCGAGGAGGACCCCCUCCGGGGCGGGGAAGACGGGGUCAGGGGCGGGGUGCAGAACGACGGCUACCACCAGCGCUUCCCCCUGAAGGUCCCCACCACGCCCGCCGUCCAAGCCCCCGAGACGAUGGAGGUCUGCUCCCCCACGGGCAAGUCGGCCCCUAUGUCCUUCAGGGACGCGGCCAUGGCCCGGCGUUUCGCCGCCAGGACCCGCACGCAGAUCACCAAGCGCAAGCGCAUGUCGCUGGUCAAGGAGAAGAAGGCGGCCCAGACCCUCAGCGCCAUCCUCUUCGCCUUCAUCAUCACCUGGACGCCCUACAACAUCAUGGUGCUGGUCAACACCUUCUGCAACAACUGCAUCCCGCAGACGCUGUGGGCCCUGGGCUACUGGCUCUGCUACGUCAACAGCACGGUCAACCCCAUGUGCUACGCACUCUGCAACAAGACCUUCCGCACCACCUUCAAGAUGAUCCUGCUCUGCCGCUGGAACAGCAGGAAGAGGCGGAAGCAGCUGUUCCUCCAGCGCCACUCGGUGACUUUUCGACGGAGGAUACCGGGAGACUCCACGUAGCAGAGCUGCUGUUCAGCGCGCUUGUUUGGGUCCGGUGAAAAGCGGAGCUACGGUGGCCCGCGAUGUGAACGAUGAGUGAGUGGGGUGAACGUUUCCCCUCUCAGCAACGCCAUGUCUUGUGAGCGUUUGAUUGGAGUGACGUUUAUCAUUGUUUGUCUGUGGGGCGUUUGUCGACGAAAAAGGGCUUUACACUUACAAAGAAGAGCCACUGUUUCCUUGGGAUUUAGUUAUUCAGUCCAACUGCAAAGAGGGAUUGCCUUUUCUUUGGAUGGUGACUCAAGCCUUUACUGUCCUCAAAGGAAGUACCCAUUUUAAAUCGAUGUGAGAUACAUCUUUAAAAAAAAAAAUGGGAAGUGGUUUUAACUGCCCUACAGUGGACUAGUUUUAAAGGUAGAGAAUGCAAGCUGCACUGUUGUAGUUGCAGUAAGCAGU